UGGCUUUACAUUGAUUAUCUAACUUCGAGUAUGAGGUGUUUGGAUCUGAUUCUUAAAACUGCUUCUGCUCCUUCACGGAGCAGAAAUAGAAGUUGCAGUGUUUGAGUGAAAGUACAAAAAGUGAUUCGGAUGAAAGUACAAAACUGAUUCCGACUGCGGUAUUUGUCGUCGGAAUGAUUUAUUUGAAUUAAUUUGACAUGGGUCUCACCCUUUUCAUUUCAUGAUGCAGACAUUUUAAGCUGCCAUUGACUGCACGAAGACAGUGGCAAGAAAGUCUGGCCGGGUUCAUGAGACCGAAUGCAUUCUGGAAUAAGAUGGUUUCGCAUUCUGGAAGUUCGUGCUCCUGCAUAAUUGCCUAAUAGAGAAGGGAGGCAGAACGCAUUAAAAAGAAUUUCUCGUGAACUGGGAAGAAGAAGAAGACUUGGAGUGAAGUUUGUUAUCACAACGAUCACUAUCAUUGACUGAUAGUUUCUUGGGGUUUCUUCAUUUUCUGUAGUGAGAGGAAAGAAAGUAUCUUUUAGUUGCUCUGCGUUCUCCAAGCACAUUUGCUCGGAAAAGGGAAGAAAACACCGUCUGCAUGAAUGGCCGGAAAGGGUGCUUGUCCUCCGGCGAGGAAAGCCGGAGUCUGCGUGGACGGAAAACGCUCUGCUUCGAAGCCUCCGUCUAAUAACUUGCCCUGCAUUUCAGCCAUUGCCGAGCGACUAGCUUCGCUCGACAGCUCCCAGCCCUUAAACGACGGCGUAGAGUUCCGCCAGCUAUGCAUCCUCCUUUCAAGGGGAAUUGAUAAUUCCAUUGCCAGCCAGGAGAUUCCCCCUGAUGCUUCAGUUUUACCUCCACUGUUGAAGCAGGUGUGUAGGCGCAACAAUGAUCUACCUGCUCUAGCAGCUGUUAUGGCCCUAAUGUUUUCUGUUAAAAGUGCUUGCAGUACUGGGUGGUUUUUGGACAAAGAUUCUGAAGAGCUUCACCAUCUGGCAAAUGAGAUGUAUAGUGGCUUCUGCAGUACAACAAAUUUCAGAAGCGAACCUAGCAGUUGCUUGCCCGCUAUCUCAACAAUUAUGUCAAGAUUCUUUCCCCAAUUGAGGAUGGGUCACAUACUCGCCUUUCUUGAAAUAAAGCCUGGAUUUGGUGCAUAUAUAUAUGACUUCUUUGUGUCACGGGACAUGCGGUCAUCUCCAGAAGCAGUUAUAAGAUUACUUGCUGCCCAAAUAGACAAUAUGGAGACAUCGUCAUGUCUCAUAACGCCUCCUAACGUGAAUUUUCUCAUCAAUGGGAAAGGGAUAAAAAACCGAUCCGAUCAGUCAAUUGAUACUGGACCUCAAAUUCCAACAGCUGUGGCAGAUAUGCUUGUGAUUGGAGUAAACCUUCUUCAAGCUGUGGGCCAGUUUAAUGGAAGUUAUAUAAUUGCCAUUGCCUCUAUGACUAUGGCGGAGACCCCAAAUACCAUCACUCUUCCAGAUUAUGUGAAAACGGUAUCUGCCUCAGUUGAUUCAGAUUCUGAGAUGAUUGAAGGGCCAUCGAGAAUCUCAUUGAAUUGUCCCAUAAGCUUCACGCGCAUUAAGAUUCCUGUUAAAGGCCAGUCAUGCAAACAUCUCCAGUGUUUUGAUUAUAACAAUUAUCUUGACAUCAAUUCAAGAAGACCAUUGUGGCGCUGUCCCCAUUGCAACCAACAUGUCUGCUUUCCUGAUAUCCGUAUUGAUCAAGUUAUGGCCAAGGUUUUGGAACAAGCUGGAGAAUACAUCAAUGACGUGAUAAUCUCUGUAGAUGGUUCGUGGAAGGCUAUCAUAGAAACUGAUGAUGACCAUCAACAAAGGCCACCCAAUAAAACCGAUGAUUUUGCAAAGAAUGAAACAUUGCAGUCAGAUUUCAGGGAAGUUAAUUUGAAGCGGGAAACGAUUGAAGAUCUUAUAGCUUCUGCAGAAAACUGCCAAAAGCCUGAUACUAACAAUCUGGAUCAGGCUGAGCACUCUUUUAAUAUGGGGGAUUUCUGGUCAAGAGUUCUUCACUCAACAUAUGCUUUAGAGACAAGUAGUUCUACAAGCAAUGAGCAGAUGGGUAGUAAUCCUCAGCGCACUCCGACAAAUUUGACUAAUGAUCUUGUUCCAGCCUAUGAAGCAUCAUCCUCCAAAACAAUGCAGUCACAACGGAUCCCAUUUGAAAAUUCAGUUGCCAACAACGAAUAUGGAAGGUCCCCAUCAAUAACUAGAUAUGCUGUAAGCAGAACACCAAUUGCAGUUCAGGCCCUUCCUGCCCAGACCCGCUCUCCUUUGCGGCCACCUGUAAAUACCAUGAACUCUCUUCAUUCCUUCCCCUCGGGAACUUCUCGGCACUCUCCUUCCAUACCAUUAUUAAGAUCAACAGGCAGGACGCCGCCUGGUUAUUCUUUUUCUGGUACUCCAUACGCAGCUCAGCAGCAGUUUGUUGACCUACAAUGUCAAAAUCAAGUACCUGUUCCUUUCAGAGCACCCUCAGGUUUCACAGGUGAACCAACAAGCACUACUCAGCAUCGAACACCGAACAUGCAGCCACUUAAUGCCACAAGUCAAUCUCAAGGAAUUACACAUAGUUGUGUACAACAGGCAAGACGAGACGUUCACAGCCAACAUAAUCAGGCGACAGAGGCUGCCAUGCGGAUCUCCCAGGUGGCAAAGCCUGUUCAGCUGUCUACAGCUCCACCACAUCCUCGUCCAAAUGUACCUAGGGAGUCAUUGGCAAGCACCGAAAUGGUUGGAAAUAUUGGAGGACACUUGCCACUGCAUUCACAGUCAGACCAAAACUGGCGCCCCUCAGGCCGUAUGCGUGGAAGCCUAUUGGGAGAAGCAUACAAUGAUGCUCUCAACCAUUACAUGGUUCUGCCAACACAGCAAGCUCAAGCUAGCAGAUCCACCAGUGCAAUCUCCCCGCAAUUGCAGACCAUACUUGCAAAGAGAGUCACUUCCACUCCUAUAGCAGAUCAGCCUGCACCAGCUACUACAUCUCAUGCCUCAUCUUCUUUGUCAUAGUGCAUGCAUCAGGUAGUGUAAGCGUGAGACAAUGCUAUUAGGGAGGUAAACACCCAAAGUUUACUAUAAGGGAGGGGUUAAGAGCAAUUCUGGGUGAUUUGAAUUUUGAGUCAAUGCUACUCGUUAGUUAUUAGAAGUCCCAAAUUACCCUGCACAAGGCUAUUAGGGGGUUAUGCUCUCACCAUUUUGUUUAAACUCCCUCACCUCCACCUUAAAUCUCUCAAAUAUAGUUUGUAUAUUCUGCAACAUAUUUUCAGGUCCAUAUUUUCAUAUUUUCAACUAAAUUUGAGUU